AGGGAAGUGUUUCUAUAGCAGAGUUGAGGAGAGGAGAGGCCAAGGAGAUGGGCCUAGGAGAUACCCAGAUUUAUUUUUAAAAAUUGGGAGAUCGAAGAUCAAGGAAACAUGCAGAUUUCUAAAUAUAUAGCCACGGAAAAUAUCACAGCCACAUCUACAUCUACAGCUGGGACAAGCCAUCUUGUCAAGUGUGCAGAGAAGGAGAAAACCUUCUGUGUGAAUGGAGGCGAGUGCUUCAUGGUGAAAGACCUUUCAAAUCCCUCAAGAUACUUGUGCAAGUGCCCAAAUGAGUUUACUGGUGAUCGCUGCCAAAACUACGUAAUGGCCAGCUUCUACAAGCAUCUUGGGAUUGAAUUUAUGGAAGCGGAGGAGCUCUACCAGAAGAGAGUGCUCACCAUCACCGGCAUUUGCAUCGCGCUGCUCGUGGUCGGCAUCAUGUGUGUGGUGGCCUACUGCAAGACCAAGAAACAACGGAAAAAGCUUCAUGACCGGCUUCGGCAGAGCCUUCGGUCUGAAAGGAACAACAUGGUGAACAUAGCCAACGGGCCCCACCACCCCAACCCACCCCCCGAGAACGUGCAGCUGGUGAAUCAAUACGUAUCUAAAAAUGUCAUCUCUAGCGAGCAUAUUGUUGAGAGAGAAGCAGAGACGUCUUUUUCCACCAGUCACUACACUUCAACAGCUCAUCAUUCCACUACUGUCACUCAGACUCCCAGUCACAGCUGGAGCAAUGGACAUACUGAGAGCGUCAUUUCGGAAAGCCACUCUGUCAUCGUGAUGUCAUCCGUAGAAAACAGUAGGCACAGCAGCCCCACUGGGGGCCCGAGAGGACGUCUCAAUGGCUUGGGAGGCCCUCGUGAAUGUAACAGCUUCCUCAGGCAUGCCAGAGAAACCCCUGACUCCUACCGAGACUCUCCUCAUAGUGAAAGGUAUGUAUCAGCAAUGACCACCCCGGCUCGUAUGUCACCUGUAGAUUUCCACACGCCAAGCUCCCCCAAGUCGCCCCCUUCGGAAAUGUCCCCGCCCGUGUCCAGCACGACGGUCUCCAUGCCCUCCAUGGCGGUCAGUCCCUUCGUGGAAGAGGAGAGACCCCUGCUUCUUGUGACACCACCACGACUGCGGGAGAAGUAUGACCACCACGCCCAGCAAUUCAACUCAUUCCACUGCAACCCUGCGCAUGAGAGCAACAGCCUGCCCCCUAGCCCUUUGAGGAUAGUGGAGGAUGAGGAAUAUGAAACGACCCAGGAGUACGAACCAGCUCAAGAGCCGGUUAAGAAACUCACCAACAGCAGCCGGCGGGCCAAAAGAACCAAGCCCAAUGGUCACAUUGCCCACAGGUUGGAAAUGGACAACACAGGCGCUGACAGCAGUAACUCAGAGAGCGAAACAGAGGAUGAACGAGUAGGAGAAGAUACGCCUUUCCUGGCCAUACAGAACCCCCUGGCAGCCAGUCUCGAGGCAGCCCCUGCCUUCCGCCUGGUUGACAGCAGGACUAACCCAACAGGUCGCUUCUCUCCGCAGGAAGAAUUGCAGGCCAGGCUCUCCGGUGUAAUCGCUAACCAAGACCCUAUCGCUGUCUAAAACCGAAACACACCCAUAGAUUCACCUGUAAAACUUUAUUUUAUAUAAUAAAGUAUUCCACCUUAAAUUAAACAAUUUAUUUUAUUUUAGCAGUUCUGCAAAUAGAAAACAGGAAAAAAAACUUUUAUAAAUUAAAUAUAUGUAUGUACAAAUGUGUUAUGUGCCAUAUGUAGCAAUUUUUUUACAGUAUUUCCAAACGAGAAAGAUAUCAAUGGUGCCUUUAUGUUAUGUUAUGUCCAGAGCAAGUUUUGUACCAUUCCGUGACUGCUUUUUCACAGUAUUUCAGCAACCCUCCACCCCAUAUAUUCUGUUUUUCGCUGGCUUCCCGUGCAUUGCAUUAUGAUGUUGACUGGAUGUAUGAUUUACAAGAUUUGCACCUGUCGCUCCAUUUGCUUCAAGUAGUACUCAAUCGGAUGUCUUGUAAUGGCACAUCCAUCCAAUACUCCCCCUCUGUAUGAGAUUUUUCUUUUGCUUUCCGUAUGUGAAAUGAGUUGUGUCUACUCUGCCAGCCAAAGGUUUGCUUCACUGAGCUCUGAGAUAAUAGAAGAUCCAGCAGCAUGCUACUAUUAAUUACAGCAGGAAACUGCAUUAAGUCAUGUUACCUAUUAGGAAGAAAGUAAUAUUGUGAUUUUUUCAAAAACUAUAUUAUUCAUCAGAAGACAGCUCGCUCUGACUUAAAAGGAGCUACCAUUUACUUUAUGUGGAUUGAGUUUUUUGCAACAAAAGAAAAAAAACAAGUUUUGGGGAUAGCACAGAAAGUGGAUGCUGGCUAGCAAUCAGGGUGAGGUCCAACCCUAAGCUGAGGACUCAGUUUCACUUUCUCUCUCUUGGGGAUUGUUACUGCAGCUCAUCUAAUUGAAGAGCAAACCAUGGCUGAAAAAGGUGCAAUCAUUCUUGACUUGUGUUUUUUCACUGAUUUGGGAGCAAGUGAUUGGUUGUGUCUUCUCAGCUCAAGGACAGACGUGUUAUGGCACAAAAACCCCCAGUUUCAACAGCACACUCAGCAAUUUGUCUGGAAUACUUCUGGAAUGACGUGUGCCUGUUGUAUAUGGCGGUGACGUCAUUAUAGAGAACUAGUUCCGCCGUAGAUUGUCUAGAGGAGUGAACGUGUAGAAGACACAGGGAAGAGUGGCCAUGUGACCCAGUUGGUGAUUUUUUAAGUUUUUUUGCCUGUUCCUUUGUCCUCAUUAUUCUUUUCUUAUUUUACAAUCUCGCCUUGAUUAGAUCGUACUAUGCAUGAACAUUUUUGUCAGAAAUGGCCAGUGUGCCUGUAAUUUGUGAUUAGGAAGAACCUCCCAUGAGCAAGGAUGCAUCAAGAAACUGCAGUAGUCUCAGAAAGAUUGCACCUUUCCUUGCAGAAAUGACCUCCACCUGUGUGCUAACCUCUCCGUUUGCAGCUGUAUCAUCCGUUUUCCCCCUUUUUUAGUUUUUGCUUUACUGUCAACAAAAACAGGAUUAAGAUAGGUCCACCCUUGGCACGUUCUCUUGUGGUAACCAAUCCAAGAAAGGUCUGUAGGUAGAAAUACUUCAAAUAACUGCUAAUCCAGGAAAAGAAGAGAAUUUGGUAAAAUAUUGUAGUACCAAGUCUGUUGAGUAGAGCUGGAGGUUUAUUUAGGUUCCAAGUGGCCUCCCAGGAGCCAUGAGACAAAAUGGGGAAACAGGUUAGCAGGGGGUUCAAAAUACCACCAUGAAUUUAAGGAGAGUGAUUCUGUUGUUUGCAAGUAAAUGGAGUCUAGUUCUUCACCACAUCGCUAUGUUAAAAUCAAAAGGAAGACAUGCAAAGAGGUCUUGGAAGAAAAGUGCAGGCUGAGCAUGAAUCAUGCCAUUAAGCUCCUAAGUGUUUCUACAAUUCACAGAGACCGUCAAUGGGUCCUUAGCAUUUGGUAUCCCAAGCGUCCUUCAUGUUCCCAUGCCACUUUCUCUGUGCUCAGAAGUGUCCUCACGUGCUUAUUCACCUUUCCUAAGGAGCCCUUGACAACUCCCCAAGUUACACUGAUUUCCCAGUUAUGUAAAAUCAGUAAGCUCACAGCAGGGGAAAGAAAAGAGUCCACCCCAAGAAGUUCUCCAAAUUAUUCUCAAUUGCCUUUGAAGACCUAGACUCCUUCUUAGACUAUUUCAAUAAAAAAAAAUUCCUAUCGUAAUUAAAACUCUAGAAUUUCAGUUUCAAAUUCUUCAAGCAUGGGAGUCUUAUUCUGGAGAAUGUCAGGAAUAAAUAAAAUCUUUGAUUGAGAGCAAGAAACAACAUGCUUCUCAGUAUGAAAAAUCUCUGUCAAUUUUCAGGUUGCAAAAAUAGAUGACAAUUGAGGACAAGAGGAAAUUUUCUUUCCAACUUGGUUCUGGUCACUCAUCAAGGUGACAUAUAUCAGUUAGGACAGGCUUUCUGUCCAUAGAAUGAUAGAUUUCCUUCAUAGGAAAGGCCAGCAGACGACUCAGGGCUCCCUGCUGUGGCCACCAGAUUUGUGUCCACAGGGGCUUCUCUGGGAUGUUCAAAUGCCACCAUCCCUCUCUGUAAACUCAGGAGUGCAGUGGCAACGCAAAGAAAGCAUGUGAACCAACAGUCCCAGCAUAAGGGAAGCCUCUCUGGGUCUUCAGGUGGUGGAAAUUGCUGAGACGUUUGACAGUGACUUUGUUUCCUGGGUCUGAGAUCAUGUCCCAUUGAGGAAGAUGCAGGGGAGCGUAGAAUAUGAAAAAUGCCUUUUUCUAACUCUGGGUUCCUUUUACAUCCUGCUCUCCCUCCUUGCCACAUAGGACUUUUAUUUCUGAGAGUGUCUGGACAGUCUCCUGCUUUCUACAAAAUGGCACUCUGCCUGGGUAUUUGUGAAUGUGUCCCAAAGACCAAUACGCCAUAUCUUCCUUGUUUAAGUGUGACUGUCAUGAUAGAGUUUAUCCAGGGUCAUUUGCUCUGUAACUUUUUUUUUUUUUUGGCCUGGGUUGAAAGGUAUAUGGCUCACAUUGGUAAAAAUACAGAAUACCUAGUUUUUUUUAGUCCUGGCUGCAUCCCACCAGCCACAAAGAUGUCUGUCCACAAAGGCCCAUGAAACACUGCAGAGAAAUGCAGACAAAAGGAAAUGGCCACAUAUCACAAGUUCUAUUAUAUAUUCUUUUGUAAAUACACAUUGUACAUUACUUGGAUGUGUUCCUAAAUCAUUUACUGUCUUUAUGAGUUCAUGUCAGUUUCUUUUUUUUUUAACUCUCUUAACUUACUGUGUAACAUUGUAAAUAACAUAAUGUCCUUUAUUAUUUAUAUUUAAACAUCUAACAUAGAGUUGUUUUCAUAUAAGUUUAAGAUAAAUGUCAAAAAUAUAUGUUUUUUGGUUUUUCUUUGCUUUAAAGUUAUGUAUCUUUUCCUUUUGCUUUUUUUUUUAAGAAUAAUUUAUUGUUCAGGAGAAAGAAUGUAUAUGUAACUGAAACUAUUUGAAGAAUGCACAUUUGAAGGCCGUGAGGUACUGAUAAACUAAAGAAUUUAUUAUCCAAAA